AUGGGAAGAAUUAUUGCACAUGAUAUUCUAGUCCAUUACAUGGGAAACACUGUCAGAAUUCCUAAUGUUGAUCCAAAGAACUACCAAUAUAUUGACCUUCUUGGUGAUGUUACUGAUAAGGCAAUGAAUGAUUUGCCUGGAAAUUUGAACAUGCUUGUGCAUAUGAAAUGUGCGAUUCCUAGGACAACAAGCUUUAUGGACAUCAGUAGUGACAAAUCAGUCCUUGAUAUGUUCAAACUUCAUGAAAAUGAUCUUGUUAUAAACCUGUACUUGCUGCACCUGGAUAUUAUUCCUACUACAGAGGAGAAUAUGGUAGAGGACAGGAAUAACCAACUUAUUGUGGCACAGAAAGACAUAGGAAUUGAAAAUGCUCCUAUUCCUGUAGUUGACAGUGAGGGUGAUGAUGAGAUUUAUGCUUCUAGUUCUGAUGACUCUUGGAAGGAUGACAUAGAUAGUGAUUUGGAAGAUGUCAUAGCUGAAGAUAGGGCCUUAAUUUCUAGUAGUGAUAAGGACGAAAAUGACUUGUCUGAUUAUGAGGAGAUUGAGGAUGCACAAGUUGUGCCUGAUUCAACAUCUGACCAAGAGACUGAUCCUAUGAGAGCAAUUAUGCAGUCAAAAAUAGCAGUAUUGAAGGACUAUGCUAUUCAGAAAGGAUUUCCAUUGGUGAGGUUGAAAAAUGAAAAAAAUAGGUGCACUGCCAAAUGUGGUGCUGAGGGGUGUAACUGGAGGAUUCAUGCAUCCCCAGUUGGUGAUACGACCACAUUCAUGGUUAAGACAUAUACACCUGAGCAUACGUGUGUCAUGAAUAGGAAAAAUUCAGAAGCUAUAUCAGAUUGGAUUGCAAAGAAGUUAAUUUCUGUUAUGAGAGAUCACCCGGAAUUGACAAGCAAGGGAGUAAAGGCUGAAAUGCAGAAGCAUGGAGUCUUGCCAAGUAGAAUGCAAAUUUACAGGGCAAAAAAAAAAGCCUUAGAACAGAUAGAAGGAUCACACAGUGAGGCCUAUGGAAAAUUACCAAAAUAUGCUGAACUGUUGAGGAUGCACAACCCAGGAAGCAUCAUGAAAAUUCACUAUGAUAGGCCAAACGUUCUAGUAGAGCCUAAAUUUCUGAGAUUGUUUAUCUCUUUCAAGGCACAAAGAGAUGGUUUCCUGGCAGGUUGCAGGCCAUUUAUUGGCUUUGAUGGCUGCCAUUUGAAAGGUGCAUUUGGGGGCAUUCUGUUGACUGCAGUUGCUCUUGAUGGGAACAAUAGUUUGUUUCCAUUAGCUUUUGCUGUGGUAGAGUAUGAAAACAAGGAAGCCUGGAGUUGGUUUUUUUACUAUUUCCAGGAAUUCUUUGGACCAUUUCCAGCCAAUAUUCCACUCACCUUCAUGAGUGAUAGACAGAAGGGACUCAACCUUGCUUAUGAGGAACAAGUGCCUGAAGCUGCUGCACGAUAUUGCUGUUGGCACAUCUACUGCAACUUCAAAGUCAAAUUUCCAGGAUUGUUGCUGAGGAGAUAUUUUUGGCAAGCAGCUAAAAGUUAUGAUUUGAUAGGACACAAUGAGGCUAUGGAAAGAAUAAAAAAUAUUAAUAUAGAUGCUUGGAGAUACUUAGCAAACAUUCCUAAGUGUAAUUGGGCAAGGCAUGCAUUUUCUGUUGAAAUUAAGUGUGAUCAUGUCACCAAUAAUUUCAUAGAAUCUUUUAAUGCAUGGGUUGGAGAAUUGAGAGGAAAGAAUAUACUUGCUCUGGCUGAAGGACUGAGGCAAAAAUUCAUGAAAAAACUGCAUAAGAGGUAUCAAAAAGGCUGCACAUGGACAUCUAGUGUUACUCCACAUGUGAUUGGCAAGCUGAAGGAUAUUGCAGCUGAAUCAAGAAGGUGUUCACUGAUAAUGGCAAGUGACAACACAUUUGAAGUAGCAGACAUAAGUCCUAUAUAG